CACCUGUCUGAACCACUCAACAUGACAUACAGCCACACAAACAUACUGUAUGUCUAUUUUAACGAUUAGAACAACUGGUUUAUAGUUCACAUACAGUCAGAGGAGAUAUUUAGUAUUACAACCACCACUGGACUGGACUUUAGGGACUUAAUUAUCUUGCUGUGGUACUUAAAAAAACAAAAAACCCUCAAAAAGCAACACCUUAAUCUGACAGCUGGUUAUUUCCCCAGAAGCCACAGAGUCUGCUUACUACCAAAGUCCAUACAAGAUUAAAUACUACACCAUGGCUCAGUAUGAUCAACUUGAGGAUAAGGACUCUCUGGAUAUCCAUGAUAACCCACCAGUACCUGAUAAUGUGGUCAAAGAGGAUGACAACACUGUAUGUAUUAUUGUAUAUUUUGUGUAUGAUGAAGAGGUAGAGGAAGAAGAGGCUCCCCCUCCCCCGACUCCUGAGCCUGUGGUCCAAGUGAAUGACAGGCCACAUAAGUUUAAGGAUCACUACUGCAAGAAACCCAAGUUCUGCGAUGUCUGUGCUCGAAUGAUUGUCCUCAAUAACAAAUUCGCCCUGCGCUGCAAGAACUGCAAGACCAAUAUUCAUCAUGCAUGUCAAUCCUAUGUGGAGUUCCAGAGAUGCUUUGGCAAAAUACCCCCAGGUUUCAGGCGAGCAUACAGCUCCCCGUUGUAUGAUCAGGAGAUAAAUAACCCUGGCCACCAAAAUCGCAGUGAUCCAGUCUUCGACACUCUGCGAACUGGAGUUAUUAUGGCAAAUAAAGAAAGAAAGAAAAGUUCAGAAGGUAAAAAGAAUAUUAUGAUGAUGAUGAUGGAGGAAGAAGAGGCUCAGCAGCCCAAAGAGGGUGAAGAGGGAGGUGAAGGAAAGCAGGAUGCAGACAAGAAAGACAAGGCGGCUACAGAUGACAAGAAUAAAAAGCAGCAGCAGACCUUUAGUCAGACUCAUUACUACCUGGCACUGUACCGUUUUAAAGCGAUUGAGAAGGAUGACCUGGACUUCCAUCCUGGUGAUCGUAUUACAGUGAUUGAUGAUUCUAAUGAAGAAUGGUGGAGGGGUAAGAUUGGAGAGAAAACAGGUUACCUUCCCAUGACUUACAUCAUCAGGGUGCGUGCAGGAGAGAGAGUGUAUAAGGUGACACGCUCCUUUGUGGGGAACAGAGAGAUGGGUCAGAUCACAUUAAAGAAAGACCAGAUAGUGGUGAAGAAAGGAGAGGAGGUGAAUGGCUAUCUGAAAGUCAGUACAGGCCGUAAACUCGGCUUCUUCCCUGCUGAUCUGCUACAGGAGAUCUAAAAGACAACAUGGCGCUGGAAGAAGGCCAGUGUGCCUACAUCAGCAAAUAACAUAAAUAACAUAAACAACCCAACAAAAUUACGUUUGCGUUUCCCAAAUAUAUAAAAAUGUAGUAGAAAUGAAAAGUUAUGAAAUGAUAAAUCUGAGUAUCUCAAAGUUUUUGAAUCAAAACCAUGUUUGCUACAAUAUGGAUGUGGACAUGAACAUGAUCCAAGCAACCCUUGUCCCUUGGAACACACACAUUAAAUUAAAAUAAAUUAAUAAAAAACACAAUCAAACCAAAAUUUGCCUCUUGUAUAAAUCUGCAUAAAUUCUCUUAGGUACACUAUUAGGUUGUUCCAGGGGUCUUUGAGAACUUCCUUAUACAUACUUUGGCUCUAACUUGCUUCUGUCUCUGUAGGGAAAAUCUGCCUUGAUUACAAUUUUAACAUAAAGUGUCCUGUUACUUAAUAUGGUCCAUUACACAUUACAAGGUUUUUCUGUAACAUUUAUUUUUUAAAUUAAUGUUUGGAACACAAUUUUUCCUACACUACUGGAACAUUAAUGCUCAAGAUAUAAACAACCUUAUAAGAUAAACAUUUAUAUAUACAUUACUGUGCACUGGCUCAUGUUACUGUUGUUUGUUUAGAAAUAUACACUUAUGUAUCUUGAUACUACACUUUAAACAAUAUAUUUAAUAUUCAAAAUUGAGAAGAAAGUAAGUAUGUGCAGAGAAACCAGGAAGAAUUAUAAUUUAUUCUUAAAUGCAUAAUUUAUUUAAUAUUUAAAAUAAAUUAAUUGCCUUAAUUGACAUAAUCACUAUUUGUGGGGAAAAAUCCAUCUUAAUAGUCAUAUUGUGUUGUGAAUGGUAGUUUUGACUAGAUUUUAAGUAUUUGUAACACUCUAAUGACAUUCUGUUAUAUCUAUAUCGUUAUAUCUACUAAGCAUACUCAGGUCCUGAGUUAUUGGAGCCCUGAUUUGGAGUCACAAAAAUCAAUGAUUCAUGGCAGCUUAUCUGCUUAGUUUCAUAUACUAUUCAGAUGCAUUUUCAAUUUCAAAAUAAAGCAGCUAUUUUUGUAUCACA